AUGGGCGUUUGUUUCGAAGCGAAUUAUUAUUUCACUAUUUUGAAGCGCAAGGGUUAUUGGGACGCAAAUGUGACCAAGAUCGGCGAGAUCGCUGAAGGCCAUGGGACGGUUGGUGCAACAGCUCUGGACAUCUACGGGAACCUUGCAGCGACCGACUCCACCGGUGGUACUAUGUUCAAGAGUGUUGAUAGAGUAAGAGACACGGCUAUCCUCGGUGCCGGUAUCUAUGCUGACGAUAAGGUGGCGAUCGUGUGCAGCGGAAGUGGUGAAGCCAUUCUGAAGGCCACAGUCGCGUCUAGAGUUGUCUCGAACAUGUGA